GUGCUUCAAUGCAUGUGGUUACUACACAUGCAUGCACACUGCAUGGCCCACAUCCUUGUGCAGCCCAUGCAUAGAGCUACACUGAGUUAUAAUUAAAACCUGAGACUGUGCCUUUUUGAGAGAAGUAAAGAGCUACAAAACAAUGGCUACCCAAAUACAGCUUCCCCCUGGUCAUCACACAAUAAUGGGCACUGACAUCAGACUUCAAAAUUCACAGGUGAUUAAGAGAGCGGAGAGUGACACACCAUACUUCAUGCUAUGGGUAAAAUCUGAGAAAUUCCCGGCAGAACAGUUGGUCUAUAUCGACACCAGUGAGCAACGAAUGCUGUACAAUCCUAUUACUGCUAUAAUUAUGAAUGCCCAGAAACAGGUUCUGCACAAAAUGCUCACCACGUGUAUAGUAACCACACACAAUGUCACACAAUACGCACUUCCAUAAUUAUGUGCUUAUCAAUUAAUGUGGUUGAUAUCAGUAUACACAUGCAUGCACAUGCACUGUCCCACAUCCUUGCACACUGCCCCGCCCCACAUCUGCCUCACAUCUACCACAUGCACUGCCCUGGCCACAUCCUUGCACACUGCCCCACAUCCUUAGGCACAUAAUUAUUAACCUUGAACCCAUGCUUAAUAAUGGCUAUGCUGCUACCACUGAGCAGGCUACCACUGAGCAGGCUACCACUGAGCAGGCUACUACUGAGCAAGCUACCACUGAACUCUACAAUUUGGCAAAAAUCUGAGACUGUGCCUUUUAAGAGAAGAAAAAGCAGCACAACCAUAGCUACCCCAAAACAGCCUCCCCCUGGUCAUCAUACAAUAAAGGGCAUUGAGCUCAGGCUUCAACAAUUAGAGGUGGUUGAGAGAGCGGAGAGUGACACACCAUACUUCAAACUAUGGGUGAAUUCGAAGGCAUUCCCGGCUGAUCAGUUGGCAUAUAUCGACACCAGUGAGCAACGAAUGCUGUACAAUCCUAUCACCAAUGAUGGCAGCUACAAGUCCAACUUGUCCAUUGUUAUGGUAAUGAAGAGGGAGCAGUCGGGCGUCUACACCCUCUCCAGUGUUGUACUGCCCAACAACAACCUCAUGCGCACCGGGACGAUUAUUAAAACAAUUGAUUCCACUAUCUACGAUGCAAACUUCCAAAUGGGUGCUAGUACCAAAUUCACUUUCAUUCAUCCCCCCAAACGACUCCAAAACCUUUGCAAUCUACACUGAAACUGACGACGAGCCUAAACAAAGAGUGUAUCUCCUACCGGAAGUUGAUAACUUGCAAACAGGCCAGAGGCGAUACGUAAUUCGAGCUGUGCACACACGGGAUCAAGACCCGAAAGGAAAGUACCUAUUCAGUACUAGCAUUAGUAAGUUUCCCGGAAUCAAACCUGAUCGACGCAGCAUUCUUUGAAUAGUUGCUUAAACUUCAAACUGAAACUACUACACUGUUGUUUUUACAAUUGUGACUUGUACUGUAUUAUACAAAUUAAAAAAGUCUAUUUGUGUUGAGUUUUACCUUCAUAAAGUUGUCAUAACUUUGUCAUACUUUACUGAAAUUCGAAGUUUCAUAUACCAUUGGAUUCCUUGUUAAAAAGCGCUUUUAUAUCUAUUGUGCUGUAGGUAGAGCUGAUAAGCUUCAACCAACUAAAAGUUAGCAUUUUCCAUGUAGAAGUCCCUAGCAUAUUUCUCAACCACAUGCAUAAACCAUAAAUGAAACCAAAAUUGACCACAUAACUUCCGGGGCCGAACUCAAAGCAAAUAGACUUUAGUAUGAUCACAUGAUAACAUUUAUUAUCUGAAAAAGCUAUAAAACAGUUAUAUGUAAGUGCUGGCAUGGGUGAAUCUAUGAGAGACCAUAAUUAUAUUGAGUUAUAGGAACAUCUAAAAUCAAAGGUAAGAGUAUUUAUGGCUCCGGACACACACAUGCACACGCACCCACAUAUAUAGGUUUAACGGUUGACUGAAUAAACAAACUAAACCACUAUACAGCCCAUAACAACCACAAAAUAUUUGCAAUCUGAAUGUUAUACUAAGAUGGGCUGGGGAAAGCACUGAAAAGCAUGGCAACAAUUAAAGCGAGUGGGGAGAACCGUACAUCAAUCCAAUAUAUACAAGCCCACGCAUUUCCUUAUUCACAGGCCAUAUACAGUACAAUACUUAUUGUAUCAGCAAUUAGAACGAACAAUAUUUAUGGCGCUGGAUACACAGACACACAUCUGCAUUGUUAGAAUGGUUAAACGAAUGAAUGAGCUUAUGAAUGAAUGAGCUUAUAAGCCACAUACUACAAUAUUCAUAUUAUAGUAGGCACGCACACCUGGUUUUGUUAGUGGUUGCUAUAUAAAGCAUCAAUCUUAGCCUUACUCUAUUCGGCAAACAAGAGCAUAUCCAAGACAACAAAGAAUGGCUACCACCACACAGAGGCAUCUUACAAUCCACGUCAACGUAGAAACAGACACAGCCUCUCCAUACAAUCUAUUUGGACAAAGUAGCUGCUCUCAAAGUAUUCUAUAUCUGUAUGCCGCUUCCACUGAGAUAUAUAGAAUGAAAGUUCGUUCAGGUUGGACCUGGGUGAUCCACUCGGUGCAGAUGAUUUGGCACAAGAGACUUCUACACCUGAUUCGGGUAAAUUGUUUGCAAUGAGAUUCCCAAGCAGAGAGAGCAACGACCGAUUCGCCUAUAUUGACACGUACAACGACGUAUUAAGGUAUGACAGUGAUGACGAGAAAAGAGGGCUAUCAGCAAUCAUGCGCAUAAGAAAUGUGACUGAUACUACAAACCCCAGAUAUCGCCUGUCAACAAUCGUCAAUCCUCUCUCUUUCCUAACACCUGUUGGGACUCAUCAGUGAACGGAUAUCAACUGAUGGGAUACUCAUAUUUCUUUGGUGAAACAAUACCGACACAAUUUGAAGUUCAAAGUGGAACGGUACAAGGUCGCCCAGAUUCUACGUCCACAUUGCUUUCAUUUGCAGCACAAGGCAUGAAAAGUUCAUGUCCAAAAAAGUAUCUCACACCACAAGAAAUAAUGGACCAAGGUGUUCGAAGGCCACAAGUUGUUGGGUCGAAUCAUCUAGGUUACAAUACGCAAGUGUAUCUUGUUGGUAACUACACAUACGACACGCUGCCGAUUCAUAACAGCAAUUGACUCAAAGAAAUAUUGGACAGUGACGAUACACUUAUAGAGUGUGAAUAUUGUUAGACAAUUAUUGUUAAAUUAGUUUUGUCAGUGAAACUAAAAUAUACACUGCACGUAUGUACGUAUGAUUAUGUACGAAAUAGACUUAGUUGAUGUUAUUUCAAAA